AUGUCGCAUAUGUCUCUUCCCCAGGGACCUGGGAAAACCACUCCCCGAUUUAUCCAAGAUGUCCUUUCUUACGACCCUGCAAACCCUCCCAGCUCAUCCUUCAACCUCUUGACACAAUUUCCGCCUCCUUUCCACGAUCCCGAUAACUACCCGGAACUCAUCUCGCCGAAGGCUUGUCCCCACCAAUACAUCACAAAGGCGAACCAAACCGAGCUUCCUCCUGAAGGUUUCCAGGCUGGACUAAGGACUCCAUUCAAAGUGUCCGCUGUGUGCUUGAUCUGCCGCUAUCAUUUAGAGAUCAAGAUAACGCAUACAACAGAAGCAUCUCACUGCCCUAGCCAACUGCAUCACAUUGUUUACUCCCACAGCGACAAUCGCCAAGAUUCAAACCCUUUCGGCCAAAAAGGCCAACGAUUAGAAGCCCAUUACUUCCGUUGUUCAUACCCGACAUGCGCUGCUGCGAUUUCCCUCAAGCUACUUUCCCCGAUUUUGACACCGCACUGGGUGGACCUCUUGACGAACACGGAGCUACUAAAAGCCAGGACUGAUGCGGCUAUGGAAGCGUAUCCGGAGCGACUAGAGGGCCACAGUCGACCAUUGCCCAUCACCGUCUUGACAAACCUUCGUACGUACAUCGAAAAUGCCUUGCAUGACAGCCAGAGAAGCAAGUCAAUAUCUAAGUCGAAUAAACGAUUCGUUGAAGAUGUUUGGGAACCUCCGCGUCCUAGCACAUCCGACCCCGUCCCGUAUCAAAAUAUUCUAAAUAUUUUCCUUGACAACGUGUCAAGUGAGCUUUUAGCUUUCAUCUACCGAAGACCCGCCUACGAGAAGGAAGGCCAACAACCGGGAACAUCCCUCGACCCUGCCAUUGGGAAGUUCAAUCAGCUCCUUGGGUCAUCGACUUGUGAGUAUCCGCCACCAUAUGCUAUAGCUCAAUAUGCUUACCCUUUAGUAGACGACAGGGCAUACCCUCCCAUAACAGUCAAUCCAGAGAUAAGAAGGGCACCAUAUUACGAGGAUCUUGGAGUGACUGAUGACAUGUCCGCGGAUCUUAUUAUCGAGGCGUAUAACCGACAGAUUGAAACCGAUCCUGGACGAAGUCCCUAUUAUCUCAGAUGUUUGCGACAUAUUGGCGAAUGGAGACGCGUCACAGAUGGAGAGAAAAUCAACAACUUGGUCACUCUGGAAUGUAGUGGUUCUCGAUACGCGGACGAUGAUAUCCCCCGUGCAUACAAGUACUUCCAACUGGAUUAUCGAAACCGAAACCUGACAGAUGAUGACAUCAUUGGCUCUUUCUUUGCUCGGCUUCGCGAUACUGCUAACGACACGGAAACGAGACGACAGCUUUGGAGGAUUGGAGAAAGCCGAGGAAGUGAGAAAAUCAAAUCAGUGGCCGAAGAGCAACAGGCGCUGGUGUACCUUGGAGUAGAAAAUGAUACCUCUGAUGAUUUUAUUGUUUCUAUGUAUGCCGCAAAGGUUAAUGAUCAGCCAGCUACUAAAGAGCUAGCUCGGAAGGCAAUUGCCUUGAUUGCCGAGGCGCGCAAUUCCGAUUCUCUAAAGUACUUUUUAACUACUGGUGAAACAGCCGCCACGGAGAUGGAUGUUGGAGAGGCGUUCCGUCUCCUUCAAAUACCUGACCGGACUGUGGAUGAUGCUGCGAUUCUUGCUGCAUUUUCCGUUUGUUGCUCAGAGGCUCCGGGCCAGAUUGAAGCGUAUAGACGAGCUCUUGGUGUUAUCGGCAGAGAAAAAGGAAGUGCGUUGAUCAGCAGCACUCUCGGCCAAGAAUCGACACAGGCAAACCGUGUACUGGAAGAAUGGCCUGUCGGUCUCCAAAAUAUCGGCAAUACCUGUUACUUGAACAGUUUGCUCCAAUUUUACUUCACGGUGACUCCUUUCCGUAAGAUGGUUAUUCAUUUUGAUGACUAUAAGAUGCCCCUCGACGAGACAAGUCUCGAGAGGAAAAAGAUUGGAUCCCGAAAGGUCUCCAUUGCUGAGAUUGAGAGGUCCCAAAAAUUUCUCCUGGAACUCCAAUUAUUGUUUAAAAAAAUGAUAACAUCGCCUACUUCCUCCGUCAUUCCUGAGCAGGAGCUUGCUCGGCUAACUCUUAUUAGCUCUUCAAACGAAGCAGCCAUCCGGAGGAAAUCCUUGAUCACGAGCACUCGGCCCAACCUUGGUGAGAUAAAUGGCAUGCCAAUUUUAGGCCCAUUAGGACCCAUAACAACUGUCACUACAGAAGUACCAAAAGAUGUGGCAGCAGGUGCAAGUAAUCAGAAAGUUGAACCUAGUGAUGGGGACAGCGAUAUAACACUUGUUUCAUUAACGGCACAAGUAGAUAAUGAGGAACCGUCGAUCGAUAAUAAGGAAAAUGUAGGGCCGGCACCUCAGGAUUCUUCUAUCGACGCGAAAGAAAUAGUUGAUUCGAACGAUACGAGCGCCGCUACUGGUGAUUCUAUACGCCCGCCGUCCUCCAUGGGCCCUCCGAGCAGACCCCCUCCGGUUCCCCCUCGACCAAUAGCCUUACGGCAGGAGCCAGUAGUCAGUUACCAACAGCAACUUAGAGACGAAGUUGAGCUAGGGGCACAGCAGGAUGUUACGGAGGUUAUUAACAACGUUCUUUUCCAGACCCAAUGCGCUGUCAAACCUAUCAGAUUCGAUCAAGAUGGAGAGCAGCUCGAUGUUGUCACAGAUUUAUUUUACGGCAAGACCGUUUCCUACAUUACGGCAGAUAAUGGGGUUCGGUCCAAGGAAGAGUCUUGGUCUGACAUCAAGAUCGACGUUGCCACUGGAUCAAAGAACAUCUAUUCUGCAAUCGACGGUGCCUUUGAUGUACAAAAAGUAGAGGUAGAUGGUGCUGAGGUGGAACAAUACGGCACCAUCAGCAAGUUGCCUCCAAUUCUCCAGAUCCAAGUCCAACGUGUUCAGUUUGACCAAGUCAAGAAGGCGUCGUUUAAGUCGACUCAUCACCUGGCGUUGAAGGAAACGAUAUACUUGGACAGGUAUAUGGAUAGUAAUAAGCAUAAUCUGGAUGAAAGGCGCCGUGAAUGCUGGCGUUGGAAGGAUGAGCUCCGCAAACUGAGAGCGCGUAAAGCUGAGCUUAUUGAUACAGAGAGUUGGACGUGCUUACCGGAUGUCUUCGCGGAGACAAAGGUGCGCAUUCAAAGCCUGAUGAGUAUAGGAGACGAUCCUGAAUUGGCAGAUGAAGCACUGGAGCUCGAUGACACUAUUUUAUAUCGUCUUACAGCAGUUCAAGAGAUGGUCCAGGAUGAAAUUAAAUGCCUCGAAGCACGAGAAAAGGAUUUAAUCGCGUUGAUUGAGUCUCAAUUCACCGAUCUUCGCCAUCUCCCUUAUCGGCUAUAUGCUGUUUUUAUGCACCAUGGCUCUGUUGAGUUUGGUCAUUAUUAUAUUUAUAUUUUUGACUAUGACAAGAAUAUAUGGCGAAAGUACAACGACGGCGAGGUUACUGAAGUCCAAAGCAAAUCCGAGAUAUUCGAAAGCCAAAAUUUAACCAAUCCACCUACACCGUACUUCCUCAUAUACGUCAACGAUCGCAUGAAAGACAGACUCGUAAAACCCGUCAAUCGCGAAAUCGAAGAUGUCAGUCCUACUGGCGUCCCAUCACAGCCAGCACCAGCACCAGCACCGUCUGUGGUUGUGCGUGGUCAGCAAGCAAAUGGCCCCGGACCAUCGCAAACGAGCACUUCGCCCAGCGGCGAGAUAGAGAUGGAAGAACCCCCUGCGUACAAUGAGAUAGAAAAUGUACCUGCAGGAGCAGUGGUCACGACGGAAGCUGAAAUUGCUGUAUCUUCUUCUCAACCCCGCAACCGACUCAAGCGGAAAGUCGACGGGGAAAAUCACACUCACGAUACCCCAAAUCCUCUCGAUCCCAACGCGACAGGCUAG